AUGGCGGCGGCCGCGCUCCUGCUGGGCCUGGCGCUCCUGGCGCCGCGGGCGGCGGGCGCGGGCAUGGGCGCGUGUUACGACGGCGCGGGGCGCCCGCAGCGCUGCCUGCCGGGGUUCGAGAACGUGGCGUUCGGCCGGCGGGCCGAGGCCUCGCACACGUGCGGCAGCCCGCCCGAGGACUUCUGCCCGCACGUGGGCGCGGCGGGCCGGGGCGCGCAGUGCCAGCGCUGCGACGCGGGGGACCCCGGGCGCCACCACAACGCCUCCUACCUCACGGACUUCCACAGCCAGGACGAGAGCACCUGGUGGCAGAGCCCGACCAUGGCCUUCGGCGUGCAGUACCCCACCUCCGUCAACAUCACCCUCCGCCUGGGAAAGGCGUACGAGAUCACCUACGUGAGGCUGAAGUUCCACACCAGCCGCCCAGAGAGCUUCGCUAUCUACAAGCGCAGCCACGCGGGCGGCCCGUGGGAGCCCUACCAGUUCUACAGCGCCUCCUGCCAGAAGACCUACGGCCGGCCCGAGGGCCAGUACCUGCACCCCGGCCAGGACGAGCGCGUGGCCUUCUGCACCUCCGAGUUCAGCGACAUCUCCCCGCUGAGCGGUGGCAACGUGGCCUUCUCCACCCUGGAGGGCCGGCCCAGCGCCUACAACUUCGAGGAGAGCCCUGGGCUGCAGGAGUGGGUCACCAGCACUGAGCUCCUCGUCUCUCUAGACCGGCUCAACACAUUCGGGGACGACAUCUUCAAGGACCCCAAGGUGCUCCAGUCCUACUACUACGCAGUGUCUGACCUCUCCGUGGGUGGCAGGUGCAAAUGCAACGGGCAUGCCAGCGAGUGCGGCCUGGACGCGGCGGGCCGGCUGGCCUGCCGGUGCCAGCACAACACCACUGGCACGGACUGCGAGCGCUGCCUGCCCUUCUUCCAGGACCGGCCGUGGGCCCGGGGCACAGCAGAGGCUGCCCACGAAUGUCUGCCCUGCAACUGCAGCGGCCGCUCAGAGGAAUGCACGUUUGACCGGGAGCUCUUCCGCAGCACGGGCCAUGGUGGGCGCUGUCACCGCUGCCGUGACCACACGGCCGGGCCGCACUGUGAGCACUGCCAGGAGAAUUUCUAUCACUGGGACCAGCGGACACCAUGCCAGCCCUGUGACUGCCAUCCGGCAGGCUCCCUGAGCCUCCAGUGUGAUGACUCGGGCACCUGCGCCUGCAAGCCUACUGUGACAGGCUGGAAGUGUGACCGCUGCCUGCCUGGGUUCCACUCUCUCAGCGAGGGAGGCUGCAGACCCUGCACCUGCAAUCCUGCUGGCAGCCUGGGCACCUGUGACCCCCGCAGUGGGCGCUGCCCCUGCAAGGAGAAUGUGGAAGGCCACCUGUGUGACAGAUGUCGCCCGGGGAUGUUUAACCUGCAGCCCCACAACCCAGCCGGCUGCAGCAGCUGCUUCUGCUAUGGCCACUCCAAGGUGUGUGUGGCCGCUGCCCAGUUCCAGGAGCGCCACAUCCUCUCCGACUUCCGUCAGGGAGCAGAAGGUUGGCAGGCCAGAAGUGUGGGGGGCCUCGAGCAUCCCCCACGAUGGAGCCCAAGUGGGGUCCUCCUGAGCCCAGAAGAUGAGGAGGAGCUCACAGCACCAGAGAAGUUCCUGGGAGACCAGCGGUUCAGCUAUGGGCAGCCCCUCACGCUGACCUUCCGGGUCCCCCCCGGGGGCUCCCCUCUGCCUGUGCAGCUGAGGCUGGAAGGGGCAGGCCUGGCCCUGUCUCUGAGGCACUCCAGCCUGUCUGGCCCCCAGGAUGCCCGGCAGCCGGGGCAGGCACAGCUCAGGUUCCUGCUGCAGGAGACCUCCGAGGACGUGGACCCUCCGCUGCCCUCCUUCCACUUCCAGCGACUCCUGGCCAAUCUGACUGCUCUGCACAUCUGGGCCAGCGGCCAAAGCCCAAGCCCUUCCGGACAGGUGUUCCUGACUGAGGUCCAGCUCACAUCGGCCCAGCCAGGGCUUUCCCCACCAGCCUCCUGGGUAGAGACUUGCUCAUGUCCCAAAGGGUACACAGGCCAGUUCUGUGAAUCCUGUGCUCCAGGAUACAAGAGAGAGACACCACUUGGAGGCCCCUAUGCCAACUGCAUCCCUUGUACCUGUAACCAGCAUGGCACCUGUGACCCCAACACAGGGAUCUGUAUGUGCGGCCACCACACUGAGGGCCCGUCCUGUGAGCGCUGCUUGCCAGGUUUUUAUGGCAACCCCUUCGCAGGCCAGGCUGAUGACUGCCAGCCCUGUCCAUGCCCUGGACAGUCAGCCUGCACGACUGUCCCAGAGAGUGGGGAAGUGGUGUGUACCCACUGCCCCCCAGGCCAGAGAGGGCGGCGCUGUGAAAUCUGUGAUGAUGGCUUUUUUGGGGACCCACUGGGGCUCUCUGGGGCCCCCCAGCCCUGCCGCCGAUGCCAGUGCAGUGGGAAUGUGGACCCCAAUGCUGUGGGCAACUGUGACCCCGUGUCUGGCCGCUGCCUGCGCUGUCUGCACAACACGACAGGUGACCACUGUGAGCACUGUCAGGAAGGCUUCUAUGGGAGCGCCCUGGCCCGUGGGCCUGCCAACAAAUGCAUGCCCUGCAGCUGCAAUCCAGGGGGCUCGGUCAGUGAGCAGACACCCUGCGACCCUCUGACUGGCCAGUGCCCCUGCCUGCCUCAUGUGACCAGACGGGACUGCAGCAGCUGCAGCCCUGGCUUCUACAACCUCCAGCCUGGGAGGGGCUGCCAGAGCUGCAAGUGUCACCUGCUGGGCUCCCAGGAUGACCAGUGCCACCCCAAGACCGGGCAGUGCUCCUGCCGCCCGGGGGUCACGGGCCAGACCUGCGACAGAUGCCAGCCGGGUUUCUUCGGCUUCUCCAUCAAGGGCUGCCGAGCCUGCAGGUGUUCCCCACUGGGCGCCACGUCAGCCCAGUGCCGUGAGAACAGCACGUGCGUGUGCAAGCCUGGCUUCACGGGCUACAAGUGUGACCGCUGUCGUGACAACUUCUUCCUCACGGAGGGCGGCGCACGCUGCCAGGAGUGCCCACCCUGCUACAACCUGGUGAAGCAGGAGGUGGCCAAGUUGAAGGCCAGGCUGACCCUGAUGGAGGGGUGGCUGCAGGGGUCCAGCUGUGGCAGUCCCUGGGGACCACUAGAUAUUCUACAGGGAGAGGCCCCACGGGGGGACGUCUACCAGGACCACCACCUGCUGCAAGGGGCCCGGGAAGCCUUCCUGGAGCAGAUGACAGGCCUCGAGAGUGCUGUGAAGGGUGCCUGGGAGCAGCUGCAGGCACUGAGCAAAAGUGCCCACUGUGCCCAGGCCAGAGCCCAGAAGACCUGCUUGCAGCUGGCAGACCUGGAAGCAGCUCUGGAGUCCUCGGAAGAGGAGAUUCUGCAUGCAGCCACCGUUCUUGCGUCUCUGGUGAUUCCUCAAGAGGGGCCAGGCCAGCCCACCAAUUGGAGCCAUCUGGCCACAGAGGCCCGUGCCCUCGCCAGGAGCCACCAAGACACCGCUGCCAAGAUCAAAGCUGCUGCUUGGAGGGCCCUGCUUGCCUCCAACUCCAGUUACGAGCUUCUCUGGAGUCUGGUGGAGGGAAGGGUGGCCCUGGAGACCCAGCAGGAACUGGAGGACAGGUACCAGGAGGUCCAGGCGGCCCAGAAAGCACUGAGCACGGCUGUGGCAGAGGUGCUUCCUGAAGCUGAGAGUGUGCUGGCUGCCGUGCAGCAAGUUGGUGCAGAGGCAGCCCCGCGCCUGGCCUCGCCGGCUGUCCCCGGAGCACUGCCUCAGAAGUCCCAGGCUGGGGACCUGGGCCUGCAGGUGCGAGCUCUGGAGAAGACAGUCGCAUCCAGGGAGAGCACGGUGACUGAGGCUGCCCAGGCCCUCCAGGCCACUGCCCAGGCGGCACUGCAGAGGUUGGAGCCCCUUACGCAGCUGCACCAGGAGGCCAGAGCUGCCCUGACCCGGGCCUCCUCGUCUAUCCAGGCUGCCACAGUGACCGUCUGGGGAGCCAGGACCCUGCUGGCUGACUUGGAAGGAAUGAAGCCAAGCUUUCCUCGGCCCAAGGACCAGGCCGCGCUGCAGAGGAAGGCAGGCAUCGUCAGGGACAGGCUUGUUGCAGACACGAUAAAGAAGACCAAGCAGGCAGAGAGGAUGCUGGGAAACGCGGCAUCUCUCUCCUCCAGCGCCAAGAAGAAGGGCAGAGAAGCAGAGUUGUUGGCCAAGGACAAUGCCAAGCUCGCUAAGGCCUUGCUGAGGGAGGGCAAGCAGGGGCACCGCCGUGCCAGCCGGCUCGGCAGCCAGACACAGGCCACCCUCCGACAGGCCUCCCGGCAGGUGCUGACCUCUGGAGUGCGCAGAAAGGAGCUGGAGGAAGCUGAGCAGAUGGGUGCCAGGCUGAGCGAGAUGGAGCGGCAGAUCCAGGAAUCGCGCCUCUCCCUGGAGAAGCACAUCAAGGCCUUGUCGGAGCUACUUACCAGGCUGGGGUCGCUGGACACCCAUCAUGCCCCAGCCCAGACCCUGAACGAGACCCAGCAGGCACUUGAACACCUGAGGCGGCAGCUGGACUCUCCAGGGGUCCUGCAGAGGAAGAUGAGGCUGUUGGAGCAGGAGUCUGAGCAGCAGGAGCUGCAGAUCCAGGACUUCGAGAAUGACCUCGCCGAGAUCCGUGCUGACAAGCAGAACCUGGAGGCCAUCCUGCACAGCCUGCCUGAAAACUGUGCCAGCUGGCAGUGAGGGCCACCCAGACCCCAGCACAUGCUCCCCCUCCUGCUGUUUACAUGGCCCUGGGCAUGCACACCCCCACAGGUGUGCCAACACAGGCACACCCACCAGAGCCUGCUGCUAUGUGCUGUUCCCUGUGAACGUUCACAUCUGCUUUAGAGUCAGCCUUUGUCUUCCUCCCUGCCAGCACAAGUGAGCGUGCACACAGUUCACCCAGGCAGCCACUGUGCGCACAGCCCAUGAGUGUGCACUCCCACCCUGGAGAUGCACACACGUGUUCACGUCCACCCAGGUGUGCACACGUGUUACAGUCAGUCCACACUGCUGUUG